UUCGCUGCAAGAUGGCGACGGCCAUGGAGCGAAUGUGCGGGGCUGCGCUGCGGAGGAGCAGUGUACUGACUGACUGUAGUUUCUCCUGGCACAAGAACCUCUCUCUGAGGAAGAAUCUGGUCAUCUGGAAACAGCCAUCUUUCAGAACCCUUUUCACUGGUGUCACCAUAUUACAGAGUGAGCCUCUUAGCACCAUCCAAGAUGUGUUGUUUCUGGUGAUUUUAUUAAAUUCAGUGAGACUACUGACUCUACUCCUAUUUAUCAAAACAGACAGGAGAAAGCUUCACGCUGCACUGGUAGUGCGAACAUUCCGACUGCGCCCCUUCCACUUUCUGUUGGCCACAGGUGGGGGAUAUGCAGGAUACAGACAAUAUGAAAAGUACAAGGAGGAGCAGCUGGAGAAAAUGGGCAUUGAGAUACCAAUCAAGCUUGCAAGCGAAUGGGAGGUUUCUCUGUACAAAUCGGUACCAACACGACUGCUUUCACGAGCCUGGGGUCGAUUGAACCAGGUCGAGCUGCCCACCUGGCUCCGGAAGCCUGUCUACAGCCUGUAUAUCUGGACAUUUGGAGUGAACAUGAAGGAAGCAGCUGUCGAAGAUCUUCAUCACUAUAGAAACCUCAGCGAGUUCUUCCGCAGGAAGCUGAAGCCCCAGUCCCGGCCAGUCUGCUGCUAUCACAGUGUGAUCAGUCCCUCAGAUGGAAAGAUUCUGAACUUUGGACAAGUGAAAAACUGCGAAGUGGAACAGGUGAAGGGUGUCACCUACUCGCUGGAGUCCUUCCUGGGACCGUGCACCAGCACAGAAGACAUGCAGUUUAGCCAAACCUCAUCCUGCAGCUCAUUGCAGAACCAGCUAGUCACAAAGGAGGGGAACGAGCUCUAUCACUGUGUCAUCUACCUGGCCCCUGGGGACUAUCACUGCUUCCACUCACCCACCGACUGGAGAGUGUCGCACAGACGCCACUUCCCAGGCUCCCUGAUGUCUGUGAAUCCUGGUGUUGCCCGCUGGAUCAAGGAACUCUUCUGCCACAAUGAGCGGGUUGUACUUAGUGGUGAUUGGAAACAUGGCUUUUUCUCCCUAACAGCGGUAGGAGCCACAAAUGUUGGCUCCAUCCGCAUCUACUUCGACCGGGAUUUGCGUACUAACAGCCCCUGUUACUCCAAAGGCUCUUACAAUGACUUCAGCUUCAUAACCAACAAUAACAAGGAGGGCAUCCCCAUGAGGAAAGGAGAACAUUUAGGGGAGUUUAACCUGGGCUCGACCAUCGUUCUGAUCUUCGAGGCACCCAAGAACUUCAACUUCCAUCUUAAACCUGGACAGAAAAUCCGCUUUGGAGAGGCUCUGGGGUCCCUUUAGAAACUACAAGAGGAUUUUAUAUACAAAGGAACUCAAAUUUCCAAGAAAAAUGGUUCAGUAAUGGAAAAUAUCACUCAGCAGGACCUGGGUGAGGAAAAUAUUCAACAACACUGCUGUGUAAAACUGGGGUAGGAGUAUGUGCCCUAUAUCACAUACCCAUGCUGAGAGCAGUAAAAUAAUCAGAUGAUCCAUAUACAUAUCAGGUACAGAUGCCUUUAAGAAUGUUGACCAGGGUGGUUUCUAUCCUAUCCUGUGCCUACAGUCUUUCGCACUCUCCCCUUCAAUGUGUUGCAAACUAAUUACAUUCAUACAGAGCCUGUAGGUCCCUAUCGGGGAGGGGUGAAGGCAGAGAGAUUAGCUACCUUUAAAGGGACACUGAUAGGUUGACCUAGACCCAAGGUUUCAGUUCUGUAAAAUGUGGUUUUCAAACUUGCAGUCCUCAGAAGUGUCUAAUGCAAACAUGACAUCAAAGUAUAGAAGCCAAAUUGCCUAGUCUUACUAUCAUUGUCCAACCUUGAUGAAAUGCACAAUGUAAAUUAAUGACAUCAGUGCUGAAACCAGUACAUGAGACUCAAAUUCUGUUUAAUAACAUACUGGUAACAGGUAUGGAAACUAAUUUUUAAAUGCCUUUUAACCUGUUAGUGUCCCUUUAAAACUGGGGUUUGCACUGUAUUUUAAACCUGAAAACACUGUGUCUACAUUCCAUGUGGUUGAACUUGUCAUCUUUUUGAAAAAAGUGUAUUUUUUUAGCUUGCAGCAGUCAGACUGUUGCAGAUUCUUCUCCCAAUCCAUAGUUUUAUUUUUACCAUUCCAGGCCUUAAGGAUUUUUUGUUUGAGUGGUAAUUACUCUCCUCAGUCACCCAAAAACUACUGAGAGCUUAAUCGUGUGACAUGAAACAGUAACAAGUGGUUAAGGAGUCUGCUCCCUUCUCAUUGCACAGGGGAGUUUCCAUCAAUACAGAACUCCUUCUCCAUUGCAGUGGGGAUGCAGCCAAAGUAUGUUUCCCCUUCUGCUGUACAGACGCUGCUGCAUAUUGUGUUGUGUCAUAACCUUCAGGGGCUGACAUUGAGGUCUUGAUGUGGGAAUUUCUCCCUCUACAAAACAAUUUAGUGCACGGAGUGAAAUGCCAUGGGCACUGACUGUGUAUUAAAAACCAUUAUGGACCUUUGGGGCAAUCCAAGAUACUCCCCAUGUGCACUAACUUGCUUUUCUAUCCUUCAGUGGACUUGCAAAUAUUUGUUUAACUUACAAAAAAAAAAAAAAGCCAAACUUCCAUUUUUCUUUUGCACUCAUAGCUGGUAGAGAGAAGCUGGGGCUGAGUGCUCUAACUUCAUCCUGCAGCAAUUUUAGUCUGUUAAUUCAUGCCAAGAAGGGUUAGAUAGAAAUAGUAACAACCUCUUUCAUUAAUGUAUGGAACAUGACACUAAGAAUAGGAGUUUUAAGCUUCGCAUUACCAGUAAUGGGAUUAACAGCAACUGGUGCCAAAAGUGUUGAGAGCAACUCACUUCUGCAAUGUAUUGUUUGUUCUUACUGAAUAAAUUCUAUUUUGAGCCAAGGAAGUCUAUUGCCUGUACGUGAAUGGGACACGCUGAGCUGGAAGGAAUGGACUAGCUUAUCCCCAACCUGGCCCUCCCCUUGUCCUGUGAGAUCAUCUACUCUUUCCUAGCUUGAGCCUUGUAUGCGGAUAUUCAUCAGGGGAGCUGGUGUUUUCUUUAAAGAUCUGCCUGCAGUUCCAAGUGGAUCUUCUGAAACAAACUUUUAGAAUGAAUUAAAAAUGAGACUGAGCACUGUCUACCUUUGAUCCUGUAAAGGAAAGUCUGUCUCCCCUGGAUGUGCUGGAGAAAACAAUCAAGUGUGUACAGCUGGCCAAGCCCUAUAUGCUUAACUUGGCAGUAGGGAAGAAAAGACAUGCUCAGUGUCUGGUAAUAUAGCCUGCCAAAGGUUCAUGUAUGAGCUUGAUUACAUUGACCUAGACAGGGCCAAAUAGGAGAGAACUAAUCUUUUGGCUCCAAGAGUCAGCAUUUCCUCAUAUUAAAUGGGGGCUGCUUAAAAUGGCUCUUAACUCCUCCUCCCCCUCCCCCCCCCACACACACUUUGUUCAGCCCCUUAGUGCUACGAAGUUCAGAACUUGUGUACUGUGCAUCACAAUGUUCUUAUUCCAGCUAGGCCUGAAUUUUUUAAGAACUUGAUGCGAAAUGCAUACAGACAUCAUCAGCCCUUAGGGUUAAACCUAUGACUAAUUACCCUUCAGGUGCUAGAGGCUCUGUAAACAGAAGAGUCUGUUGCAAUGGGUUAGAGGAAGGAAAACUAAAUCUCUUCCUCUACUGGGGCCAGUUGUGGCCAAAACAACUUUAAGCUUUAAAUUCCUCACUCCUCAGCAGUCACAGUAUCUGAGCACCCAGUUCGCCUAAUGGGAUGAGAGAAGUUGCUACUGUUCUCUUUAAUAUGAAUGUAUCAGAGACAGAUCAUUCUGCACCAGGUCAGCUCUUUUUGUAAUGGUCUUAGCACUGUGGAAACUUGGCUGGCUAGCAGGAAUGUCUUACCCACUGAUCAGAAGAAGUAGAAGCAGGGUUUCUGGAGAACACUGGCAAUGCUGUAACUUUCUCCUGCAGAGAGAAUCCAUUUAAUUUUUCAACUGGAACACUAACAGUAUUUCUUUGUCACACUGCAUGAUUUAUGAACAUUAACUCUUUAAUUUCUAACAUUUUAAAAUAAAAGUCUUAUCGGCA